ACGAUAUGACGAGAACCCGAAGAUGGAGCUACAGAGAGAGGACAAACAGAGACCGAUGACAGAGGAUGAUCACAGAGGAGGAGGACAAAAAGUGCUGAUGAAAAGAAAACGUGAUGACGACGAGGACAAUACGUCACCCACUAAGAAACAGGUGACUGAUCACAGCGUGAAAGUAGCGUCUCACUACAAUCAGCUGCAGGAAGUUGGACUUGCAGCUCGAAGUCGCAGCAGGAUUUUCUACAUGAGAAAUUUCAACAACUGGCUCAAGAGCGUCCUGAUUGGAGAAAUGCUGGAAAAGGUACGGGAGGCGGGGUCUCGGCGGGUGUCAGUGUUGGAUCUCGGCUGUGGAAAAGGGGGAGAUUUAUUAAAGUGGAGGAGAGGAGGCAUCGAUCACCUCGUCUGUGCUGACAUCGCGGGUGUUUCGGUGGAGCAGUGUCAGAUUCGCUAUGAAGACAUGAAGAGGAGAAGUCACUAUAAUGACAAAAUUUUCAGUGCUGAGUUUAUAACAGCAGAUUGUACAAAGGAGUUGUUGUCAGAGAGGUUGAAUGACCCCACGGUGACCUUUGACAUCUGCAGUUGUCAAUUUGUGUAUCACUACUCAUUUGAGAGUGAACAGAAGGCCGACAUGAUGCUGAGGAACGCCUGCGAGUUGUUAAAACCCGGGGGCUUCUUCAUCGGAACGACACCAGACGCUUUUGAACUGGUGAAGCGUCUAGAAGCCUCCGACUCGUUGUCUUUUGGUAACGACGUCUUCCGUGUGUCCUUCCAGUCCGGGGCUCCGUACCCUCUGUUCGGAUGUCAGUAUCAUUUCAGUUUGGAAGACGUCGUCAAUGUUCCUGAGUUCCUCGUCUAUUUUCCUCUGUUUGAACACAUGGCCAAGCGCUACAACAUGCGUCUGGUGCUGAAGCAGAGGUUCUCAGAGUUCUUUGAGGAGAAAGUGAAGAAGGAUCAUCAUCGGAGCCUCAUGAUGAAGAUGUCGGCCCUGGAGCCAUUUCCAUGUGAGCGUGGAGGUCAACAGUCCACUGACAGCCCAGGAGAAUACAGCCAUGCUAAAGAGCACUCCAGCAGAGCGGGCAUCAGAUUACCACUGGGAACUUUGAGCAAAUCUGAGUGGGAAGCGACCAGUAAGUGUUUUAUUUUUCAUCAGUGUGGAGUUUUAGAGUUUGUUUUACAAAUAAACCAAUGUGAUGUAAUGAAACCCAAACCUGUGUAAACCAGCCUUUACAUGGACAUAGUAUGUGUUUAGAACGUUAACGGAACGUACAGAGUUCUUCAUCUUCAGACUAAGGACCAGUUUACACACUACUCUUGGGUGAAA